AUGUGGCAACUUCUCGGCUGGACCUCCAAGACGGACACAGAGCCCCCUCGCAGCCUGCCAGCGUCAUGGUACCGCUCCGAAGCCAUGUACCAGCUCGAGCGUCGUGCCAUCUUCUCCAAGCGCUGGAUGCUGCUCACCCAUUCCACCCGCUUCUCCAAAGCAGGCGACUACCUCUCCUUCACCAUCGCCGACUUCUCCUUCUUCCUCGUCCGCGACCGCGACGGCGCCAUCAACGGCUUCCACAACAUCUGCCGCCACCGCGCAUACCCCGUCGUGCCCAACCGCGAGGGAACCACCUCAAUCCUCUCCUGCAAAUACCACGGAUGGUCCUACGGCCUCAAGGGGAACCUCUCCAAAGCGCCCCGCUUCGAAACGGUCCCCGACUUCGAUAAAUCCCAGCACUCCCUCCUCCCUGUCCAUGUCCACAUCGACCACGUUGGCUUCGUCUGGGUGAAUCUCCAAGCCGGGGACCCAGACGUGAAAUGGAAAGACGAGUUCCAGACGGUGGACAGCGAACCGCGAAUGCAGGGGUUCGACUUCUCGUCCGGCGGCUACAAAUUCGACCACACCUGGGAAAUGGAUGUGGAUUCGAACUGGAAGCUCCAAAUUGAGAAUUAUAAUGAGUGCUACCAUUGCGCUACCAGUCAUCCGCUUAUCAAGGGCGUCACUGAUAUCCCGCGGUACCGAGUCGAGCCGAGUUCUAACGCGAGAUAUAUGGAGCAUCAUAUUAUCAACAAGGGUGCUACGGAUCAGCAGUUCCAGCGCGCGAUUACGUAUUUCUUUCCGACGACUUCUGUGACUGUUACGUAUGUGCCUUGA